UUUAACAUUCCAGAAAAUUGGAAACCAGAAUUAAUGAAAAGUGCGGGAAGAAUGAUGAGAGAUUUUAAGACCAACAUCACUAGUGACUACAUCUACCCUUUGGCAGAAGACGGUCUGAUAGAUGAACUCCAAAUCCUUCCUAAGAAAUAUCCAGAACUUGACCUAGAAGAUUGGAGGACAUUUGUUAGCCACCGUUUAUCUCCUGAGUUUAUGGCUUUGCGGGAAGCACAACGUGAAAGAUCUCUCAAAUAUACUUCGAGGCAUCGUACAUCUCGUAGAGGGCUUGCCAAUGUUAGAGAGGACCUGAAAACUGAACUAGGUGUGGCAGAUGUAGAACGGUACCAAGUAUGGAUAAGAGCACGAGAAAAGAGGAAGGUUCUUGUUACAGAUUUGGACAAACAAAUUGAAGCAAGAAUUAAUGAGCUGAAAGAAAAAGUUAGUAGUGGAGAAAUCAUUGCAAAGGGUCGGAAUGACAUAUUAACGCAAGCUUUAGGGACACCUGAGCACCCAGGGCGUGUUAGAGCACUUGGGUCGUUUGCGAAGAUUUCGUCCGUCUUUGGAAGAAAACCAAAAAUAGCAACAGAAAUGGCUGAUGUUGUUAGUAAGAAAGAUGCAGAAAUUGCGAGGCUCAAAGCAGAACUUAAAGCUUUAGAGGAGGAAAAAGCUAAACAAGCAGGUGGGUUAGAUGAUAUGGAUGAACACGACAAUGAUGACGAGCAGAGCGACGAAGAAUACCACACACCGCACAUGCAGGAUGACACACCGUACAUGCAGGAUGUGUUACUUUGUUCGGAUAAUAUUCAUAAUGUGGUGGCAGAGGGUGUUAUCAUUGAUGGGGUGGGUCCACUGACUAUUCAUGGUGUCCAACUGACAGACGAAUAUGCGAGGGUGCGAGUCACCAAAAUGUUACAAGAGGAUGCUGAAAUCCCAUGUUCUGUUGGGGAGAUACAAUAUGUUCGAGAUACUUAUGACACAUUUCUUCCUUGGCCAAAAGAUUUAAUUAUGACUGACCAGGGUCCUCUAAGAAAGAAACCUCCUAUGUCAAAAAGUUCAUCCAAGGAUAUGUCAAAACCUCCUAUGACUAGCCCGCAUCUGUCAUCAGCUGGGUCUCACAUCAAUCCAGAAAACACUCUGACCGAAGGCCAACCAUUUGCCGAUCACAUCAUGAAUCGCAUCCAUGUUAGCCUUCAGUUUAUGGUGAGAGAAUUUUGCAGAGUUAAGGGAAUAAACUCAGUCGUCUCCAUUCCAGUGGACCCAACAUUCAUGAAUCGCGAGUCAAUAUUCCUAACUUCAGAGGAUGUGGAACAAGUUGCUACCUUGCAUAUGAUUGGAGGCUCAGCAAUGAUAUUCGGAUUAAGGUAUCCCUUAAACUAAUUCUUUGGAAUGAUAGGAAUUUAGAAUCAGUUAUGAGUACUGCUCUGUGAUCUGUUGAAAAUUUUCAUAGACAUUGAAUGUUUACAGGUUUGGGAAGU